CGAAAUGACAGCUGAUUGUGCAUUAUAGUUCAUGAUCGCUAUAUUGUCAACAUGUGGAUUGUUGAAUGAAGAUUAUCUGAAUCGCUGUCGUGUAAUUUACUUCUCUGUUGGAUUUUUAAAUUUAAAAUUUUGAUAGAUGACAUGGAAAAAGAACACAGGUAGGAAUCAGUUUCCGAGUGCAGCAAUGCCAGGUGUGAGACCGAACAGCCUGCUGAACAAAAUACCAAUAUUCAGUUCGGAGUCUGGCUCCCAGGAUAAAAAUAACAAUACAGAAGGAAUGAAAACCGAAGUGAGACCGGAAAACGAAGUGAAAUUACGGAAUGGCCACGCCCGAGCUGCAGACGGGGUGCCGAGGCGGUGUGAGUCGGAGCCGGCAAUGAACUGGGGGGACUAUGAGAAAAAAUACAAUAAGAUAGGGAAAAAUGGAUACAGCAGGAAGGAACUGGCACAACAUUUACAGUAUAUGUCUGUUAAUGACUUUAAUUCAGAGAAUACGGGGGCGGAGAGCAAUGGACAGUGUGGGGCUAGUGUUGUAAGGACUGAUACAUAUGCCGGGAGGAGGGACGUCUCCAAUCCCAGUUCUGUACAGGAAAAACAAAUCGUCAGUUCCCGGGGGACGGUCCGGGGGUUCAAAAACCGCGUCCGGGCCGGCAUCGCCACGUUCUUACAGCAACAAACGGGAGAGACCUUGGAGGAGGACGAGAUACACACGGAGCAGAGAAACUACAAACAACUAGAAAAAGAGAAGAUCGUCGUUUUCACUACGAGUAUGAACAUUGUGAGAUCUACGCAUGAACGGUGUAAAAAGGUUAAGAAAAUGCUACAGACACAUAUGGUCCGGUACGAAGAGAAAGAUUUGUUCAUGAGCAAAGAAAAUCAGAAGGAGUUAAUGGAGAGACUCAGCACCAAUCAAAUAGUCCUACCGCAAGUAUUCGCCGAUGGAGCCUCGUUAGGGACACUUGAACACUUGGAAAAACUAAACGAGAGUGGUGAAUUACGUCAUAUUCUUGCCAGCUUCACAAAAAUUGAUGUGAAAUCUUCAUGUGAAAAAUGUGGUGGUUAUCGAUUUAUUCCUUGUAACUUUUGCCAUGGGAGCAAAAAGUCGCUCCGCCGGAAUCAUUUCACGGACGAAUUCUGCUCACUUCGGUGCAUGCAAUGUGACGAAAACGGACUUCUUCGGUGUGACCUUUGCCUGGAACAACAAGAAUGAUAUCACAUCCGGUCUGCAACCCACCGGUCUUCAUUGACUUCCUGUAUUUAACACCUUAAUUCAGCGUCAUCAAUGGACCUAAAAGAAGAAAACAUGCUAUAAUUACUUGUUUUGCAAGAAUGUUCACGCUACUCCAUUAAAUUAACUAUGUAUAGGUUUUGUUUGUUUUGAACAUAUUUUAUUGAGAUUUUAUGGAAGUGCUUAAUUUAUUCAAAACAAAUUAAGAAUCCUUUACAUAAUUUUAUGUACAUGUAUGCAUUUAGAUGUUCAGGUAGUCACGCACGAGAUAAGACCAAAAGAAUAUGUCAUUGUCUAUAUGUGACCCACAUUUACAUGAAGGGAGAUGUCCGUGGAUUUUGAAAUACAAAAAAAUAUAUGUAUAAUAUACACUUUAUAUGGUUAUAAUGUGUGCUUCAAAUGUCAUCAAAUGAUAUUGCACCAUUGUUGAAAGAUGAUUUAAGUUUUUUAUGUUCUAUAAUCUUUACUUAACUUUGAUUUUUAGUUAUUUAUUUUUAAUUAUUUAAAAAACAACAUAUCUUAAGAGGUAAACAUGCUGACCACCAUUCACAAAGCAUAUCUGCUAAGUGACCCCCAUUCAAUGGCCAGGUCACAUCUGCAUAACUGACCUCUUACCCGUCACUCAUAUUGAUCCGCAAUGUGUCUUUUCACACACAAAUCAAUCAACCCCAUUUUUACCCAAUUUGCUUCUCUUCCUUUCCCCAGGGAAGGUAACUUUCUCUUGACCAGACGCAAAUCGAACAUACGUUUUAAAAAUUUUGUUUAGAAAUAAAUUCAAAAUGUAUCAUAACACUGCAUGUAUUAGAAAAUAUUUAAUGAGUAUUUAUUAUUGUAUGUCACAAAAAUAAAAUGCAUUGAAAAAAGUGACAAAAAAACCUGUGCAUCUGAACUUUGUGAGAGAUAAAUAUAGAUAAAUCUGUAGAAGGUGAUGCUUGGAGUGAUGUACAUGUAGACAUGAGUGGAUCAGUGAAGGACUACAAGUAGCUGAAGUUAACUGAGAAAAAAAUUGGGAUGGAUGACCAAAAAAUGAUUUUAUACAUUAGUACAGUGAGCUGUCAUAUCUGCAAUUAAGCUGUUAUUGAGAGUUGAGUUGUUAUAUAUGUUUAAAAUUUAUUUUUGUUAUUCUACAACUGUCUUAAAUUGCAAAUUAAGGAAACUAUAAAAGUGCCACUUUUUUAUUUAAAUUGAUUCCAUACGCCUUAUUGAAUGUAAAAAAUUAGCAGUCUCUCAUUCUUGGUUGUUUAAAACAUAUUUUGAUCUACGAACUACAUGUACCUACCAUAUGUUUGCGUGUUAGUUAUUGGAAAAUAUCAUUUUAAUUCCCAAUGUUUAAUUGUUCUAGUCUUCAAUCUGUGCAAUGAUGAAUUACGUUUUGAAUUGAAAUAAAUCAGUAAAAUGUUCUUGCAGUUUAAA